GAGCAGACGGUUAAGGCUUGUUCGACUUGAUGCGGCGCCGCAAGAUCCGACAGGCGGAUGACAUCAAAGUACCGCGAGAGUGAUGCGAAAGAUAACUUUUAAUGGUUUUUUGGAUUAAAAGUUGGUUUAAUGGUUUUUUGGAUCCUGUUGGAUCUUGCGGCGCCGCAUAAAGUCGAAUUUGCCUAAUGUCACUUCACUAGUGGUCACUUGGUAAUGGUUUAUCGAAUCAAGCUCCACCCACAGGUCUGCUUGGCUUGGUUAUUGCGUCAGUUAUUUUUGAGAACGACUUUUACUGUAAAUUUGCCAUGGAACGGAAUGUUCGGAUGAUACACGGACCCAAGUGGGUGUGUUUGGUGAUGAGACUGAGAGAAUGUCAGUGGAUGAUGGAGGUUCUGUGACUCUACACGCUAAUCUUACUGAACUACAGACAGAUGAUGUGAUAGUGUGGAGGUUUAGAGGUGUUCGCAUAGCUAGAAUCAACAGAGAGACCAACAACAGUGAUCCAGUUUAUGAGCCUGAUGAGAGAUUUACUGACAGACUGAAGAUGAACCCUCAGACUGCAGAUCUCACCAUCACAGACAUCACAUCUCAACACACUGGACUUUAUCAUCUAGAAAUUGAUGGAGUGAUCAGUCCAAACUCAUUCAGUGUCAGGGUCAAAUGGCGUGAAAGAUACAGCCGUGAUGGUGAAGAUGUUAGAUCCCCCAAAGGUCCCUCUUCAGGUGUGAUAGCAGGAAUAUGUGUUCCUCUUCUUCUCCUGGUUAUUGCUGCUGUUGUUGGUGUUGUGAUCUACCGUUGCCGCAAAAUGAGACAUCGAGACUCCAGGGAUGAAGAAGAGUCAACGGAGAUGCAGAAGUGUAAGAGGAAUGGAGACGCCAGCAAUGGGUGAUGUGCAAGUAACAUGAUCAAUAUUACCAGGGAUGCCAACUUGUCACCUUUCAGCGAAAUUAACCGUUUUGGAUCCAAACGGGUCCUUGAAAGAGGGGUUGAGGGGAGUCUGCGAGUCUUUGGAGGGGGUGAAUAAAAUGAUGAGAAUCAUGUCCAGGUGUUGGGGUAACGAUGUCAGUUUGCGGGUUAUGUUUUGAAUUCUGCGCAGAUUGUGCGCACUUACUCAACUCAUGAGUCAAUAUUAGAUGUAGUCGAAUUACGCAGCAAUUUGACUGCGCAUUUCUGACUUACUUCAACACGACCAUCACUAAGCAACAGGUAAAGGCGCUGGUUUGUUUGCUUUGAAAGGAACUGAGCAGACCCAAUCAACAUAAUAUGGAGUAAGUGCUUUAACCAAAUGAAAUCUGCAUCUCCAUAAAGUUGGUCAGCAGCGGGAAGCAUCAGAAGCGUCUCGCCUGGGCUAAAGACAAAAAGGACUGGACUGCUGCUGAGUGGUCCAAAGUUAUGUUCUCUGAUGAAAGUAAAUGUUGCAUUUCCUUUGGAAAUCAGGGUCCCAGAGUCUGGAGGAAGAGAGGAGAGGCACAGAAUCCACGUUGCUUGAGGUCCAGUGUAAAGUUUCCACAGUCAGUGAUGGUUUGGGGUGCCAUGGCAUCUGCUGGUGUUGGUCCACUGUGUUUUCUGAGGUCCAAGGUCAACGCAGCCGUAUACCAGGAAGUUUUAGAGCACUUCAUGCUUCCUGCUGCUGACCAACUUUAUGGAGAUGCAGAUUUCAUUUUCCAACAGGACUUGGCACCUGCACACAGUGCCAAAGCUACCAGUACCUGGUUUAAGGACCAUGGUAUCCCUGUUCUUAAUUGGCCAGCAAACUCGCCUGACCUUAACCCCAUAGAAAAUCUAUGGGGUAUUGUGAAGAGGAAGAUGCGAUAUGCCAGACCCAACAAUGCAGAAGAGCUGAAGGCCACUAUCAGAGCAACCUGGGCUCUCAUAACACCUGAGCAGUGCCACAGACUGAUCCACUCCAUGCCACGCCGCAUUGCUGCAGUAAUUCAGGCAAAAGGAGCCCCAACUAAGUAUUGAGUGCUGUACAUGCUCAUACUUUUCAUCUUCAUACUUUUCAGUUGGCCAAGAUUUCUAAAAAUCCUUUCUUUGUAUUGGUCUUAAGUAAUAUUCUAAUUUUCUGAGAUACUGAAUUUGGGAUUUUCCUUAGUUGUCAGUUAUAAUCAUCAAAUUAAAAGAAAUAAACAUUUGAAAUAUAUCAGUCUGUGUAAUGAAUGAAUGAAUAUAAUAUACAAGUUUCACUUUUUGAAUGGAAUUAGUGAAAUAAAUCAACUUUUUGAUGAUAUUCUAAUUAUAUGACCAGCACCUGUAUAUGUUCCUAAAGUGUUUGAUGGACUGCUGUUUAGAAAACUUUUCUUUCUUUCUUCUGUGUAUCUAACUCCACUGUUACUCUCGCACUUUAAAUGAUUGCUUGUAAAAAAUAUUGCAUUUUUGUAUUUUCAAAUUACUUGUAUUUUAAUUAAAUACAUUUUUCACAGCAGUAUUUUGUAUUUCAUUUAGAUACAUUUUAUGAGUAAGGAUUUGUAAAUUGUAACUAAAUAUUUUUUUAUGUAAUUGUGCCCAUCUCUGUAUAAGAAUAGGUCAUACUGGGCUUAAUAAUACAUUCAAGAAAAUUAGCAAACACCCAACUGGGGAAUGCAAAUUCUGUAACCAUCAAGAAACAGUUGAACAUGUAUUGCUUCAUUGUAAUGAAUAUAAAUAUAAAAGACUGGAUCUAAUUCAGUCAUUAAAGGAGGUUGAGCACCAUAUUUCUCUGUCAGGUAUUUUAGGAAAAACAGGUAGUACAAUUUAUGACUAUGUAAUAAAGUUUGUUAAAGAAACAGGAUUAAAUGAAAAUAUAGGUUUACCCCUUUUUUAUUUGAUCAUGUGAAAGCGGUCCUUGAUAAACACUCCCAUCCAAUAGGUGGCGGUAAUGCGCCUUAAGUCGGUUUGCCAACCCCCAAUAAAAUCAAGAGUUGCAAAAAAGUUGCCCCGUUAGCGCGCGAUCACACAGAACACGCUUUUCAUGUUCGAAAAUGCGAGGCGCGCCGCGCUGCUCUUUUGGUGACUCUUUGAAAAGAGCAGCGCGCAGCGGUUUUUUUUAUGUUGCUAGGUAACCACCGAAACAGCUGUCCUGUCAGUCAAGGAUUAUUGCGCGAGCUCCGGGUUAACCCGAAACAGCCACAACACGUUUCUCCUCCAUGUCUCCAGGCGUUCCGAGCAUCUGUAAACUUCCGUUGCCACAAGGGAAGCCCCGCCUCUCCACUCAUUCGAUUGGACAAUGGAAAAAGCGCACAUGACGUCAAGCGCAUUUUUGCUCAGAGUUGAGUUUGUCAACUUCAGGCGCUCAGAGCGCUCCGCCAAAAACGCGAGGCACCGGAAACGCUCCCUGCCAACUGAAAACAAUUCAAAAGAGUCGCGUCUCACAGCAAAAGACGCGUUCUGUCUGAUCAGGCUCUUCCCGGGUCACUUAACUAACUUUACUGAUCAUCUUUAUUACCUCGAACACUUACAUCAACAUGAAGACGAUAUCUUUACUCUUGUGUAUCUCUUUAUUCAUCAACGGUGCUGAGACAGAUGAAAUAGAGUCAGUGUCAGUGAUGUUGUGGGAUUCUGUGACUCUACACACCAAUAUUGUAAUACAGAGAGAUGAUGAGAUCGAGUGGAUGUUUGGAGAUAAAAAGAACCUUCUAGCUAGAAUUAAAGGAGCAACCAAUUCAAUCUCAUUCUUUGGUGGCUCUGAUGGGAGAUUUAGAGACAGACUGAAGAUAAACAAUCACACUGGAGAUCUCACCUUCAUAGACAUCUUAUCUGAACACAUUGGAGUUUAUAAAGCAGUGCUCACGGUAGACAUUGUUAAAACAAAGACAUUCAGGAUUAGUGGUGUGUUUGGUGAUGCAGGUGAAGUGAAGUCAGUGGAGAGAGAUUCGGUUACUCUUCACACUAAUGUGACUGAACUACAGAGAUAUGAUGGUAUACAGUGGAUGUUUCAUCAUGGAAACUCUCCUUUGGCUGAAAUUAACAGAACGGUUGAUAUCUUCUCAACACACGAUGACGUUCUUGAUGGGAGAUUCAAAGACAAAAUUAAGUUGGAUGUUCAGACUGGAUCUCUCACCAUCAAGAACAUCAGGAACAAACACUCUGGAUUUUAUCAAGUAGAUAUCACCAGCAAUAACAGAUCACACACCAUACACAAGUCAUUUACGGUUACUGUUAGAGAUGAAGUGAAGUCAGUUUCAGUGAUGGGGGGAGAUUCUGUCACUCUACGCACUGAUACUCAAAUACAGACAGAUGAUCGGACACAGUGGAUUUUUGUAUCUGAUGACUCUCUGAUAGCUGAAAUCUAUAAAACAAACAAAAUAUUCAAAACAUAUGUUGGCGAUGAUGAGAGAUUCAAAGAAAGACUGAAACUGAACUUUCAGUCUGGAGAUCUCAUCAUCACAAAGAGCAACACUGAAGACACUGGUCUUUAUGAACUGAAGAUCAGCAGCAGAAGACGAUCCAUUCACAGGAGAUUCACUGUGACUGUCAUCGCUUAUGCAUGGUACUUUGAGGGUUUAAUAGGAGUUUCAAGCAUCCUGGUUAUUCUGAGUAUUGUGGGUAUUGCUGGUGUGAUCUGGUACAAGAAGAAAAACAGAGAUCAAUGUGAUAAGAAGCCAGUGGCAGUGAUUGGGGGAGGUCCUGUCACUCUACAGACUGGUGUUAAAGAUCUGCAUAGAAAUGAUGGAAUAGAGUGGAAAUAUCAAAAUAUUCUCAUAGCUAAAAUUAAGAGAGGAGCCACCACGACAUGUAAUGGUGUUGAUGAGAAACGCUCAUCAAAUGUAUUUUGUAAGAGAAAUAUCAGAUGUAGAAAAGCCAGAUAUCAUAGGAAUGCAGAUGAAGAAAUGGGUGAAAUCAAUCCUUCCCUCAAUAGCUCCAGAACUAAUGACAAGGGUUAUGAAGGUCUAUUUAGUAACAAACUGGAGCUGAAUCCUCUGACUGGAGAUCUCACACUCAAUAACCUCAAAAAUGAACACUAUGGUGAUUAUAAAUUAAAGACCACCAUCAGUGGAAAAACUACAUACAAGACGUUUUAUUUGUUUGACGUUGGUAUAUUCGAGAUGCUUACAGUGAACAAUGGAGAUUCUGUCUCUCUAAAGACUGGAAUAGAGACAGAUGGUGUGAUAGUAGAGUGGAGGUUUGGAAAAAAAGCAGCUGUGAUAGCUGAAAUCAAUUCUGGCCACAAUACCCCCAAAACGUAUAAUGGUAAUGAUGAUCUAUUUAAAGACAAACUAACAUUGAACCCUCAGACUGGAGACCUCACCAUCAUUGACAUCAGCAAGAAACACUGUGGAGCUUACAGACUGAAGAUCAUCAACAAUGAUGGAGAAACCACAUUCAAGUCAUUCUUUGUGUCUUUCAGUAUUGAGUCAAAGACAGUGGUGGAGGGAGAAUCCCCAUCUCUAUACACAAACGUUACUGACAUACAGAGAGGUGAUGUAAUUGAGUGGAUGUUUGGAGAUGAAGAAACUCUCAUAGCUGAAAUGAAUAGCCCCAGCAAACCUGGUGAUGAUAAUGGUAGAUUUAGAAGCAUACUGCUGCUGAACAAGCAGACUGGAGAUCUCACCAUCAACAACAUCAAAAAGAAACACUCUGGGGAUUACAAACUGAAGAUCAUCAAAGGUGGAAAAACCUCAUACAAUACAUUCAACGUGUUAGUCAUGGAAGAUUGUGAGAUAAUGACAGUGAACGAGGGACAUUCUGUUCCUCUAAAAAUUGGAAUACAGACAGAUGAUGUGACCGUGGAGUGGAGGUGUGAAGAAAACGUUGCUAUCAUCGCUGAAAUCAAUUUUGCCAAGAAUCACUUCAGAAUAUUUGAUGGUGAUGAUGGUCUAUUUAAAGACAAACUGGAGUUCAAUCGUGACACUGGAGUACUCACCAUCAAUGACAUCAGAGAGAAACACUACGGACUUUAUAGACAAAAGAUCAUCAGCAAUGGAGAACCAAUGUACAAGACAUUGUGUGUGUUUGUCUCUGAUAAUUAUGAAACCGUGUCAGUGAUGGAGGGAGAAUCUGUGUCUCUAUACACAAAUGUUAGUGACAUACAGAGAGAAGAUCUGAUAGAGUGGAGCUAUCAAGAUGAAGAAACUCUUAUAGCUGAAAUUAAUAGUCCCAGCAAACCUAAUGAUGACAACGAAGAAUUUAGAAACACACUGCAGCUGAACAAGCAGACUGGAGAUCUCACCAUCCCAAAAAUCAUGAAGGAACACUCUGGGAAUUACAAACUGAAGAUCAUCAAAGAUGGAAAAAUCACUUACAAGACAUUCAAAGUGUCAAUCAUGGAUUCCUAUAAGAUAUAGGAAAGAUUCUGUGGAAAUAAACUUGCCCUUGUUGAAAAGUGACAGUGAGCAACAGUGACUUUGUUUCACUUUAAAGGAUCAACAUUAUAAACACAUCAGCAUCAUAAAAUCACCCUGAGAAAUCUACCUGUACAAUAUGUGCCGUUUAGAAACUUGACCAUAGGAUUUUUUUCCCUGUGAUUUGCUGUGAAUUGAUCAAUGUUACAGAUCUGUACUACACCAGUAUUUCACUGACUGGUGUGUAUUUUUAUAUUUUGUAUGCCUAGUUAGUGGUAGAACAUGACUUAAAAAAUGACGCAUUCAUUAUGUCUGUGUGGAAACAGACUUUGACCAGCCAAUGUUACGUUGACUGAUAUAUUUUUAAAGACCUGCCGUUCUUUUAAUUUUUAAUGUCAUAUAGCCACAAUUGCGAUUUCAAGUAACUGUGCUAAGAUAAAUUGUGUUGCCAUUUAUUUCUUUUUUUGUCAUAGACAAAAUUUCUCUCAGAGAAAGUAAAUCUGACACCUUUAAUGUGAUCUGAAUGCAGACUGAAUAUUUUCAUUUUGACUCCGUUCAGAUAUUGUGAGAUUUUGAGUGUGCCUGUGUCCCACCAGCAUGGGCAGUUUGCAUCUAUUGUGUACUAUAUCCUGCUUUGUAUGUUGUUUUCUCUUAAUUAUAACUUUACAUCAAAAGUAUAGUUUCAUACAAAUGUAUUGUUUUUAUAUUGUUUCUGUGCUUUUGUAUUUUUUCAUCAUUGUGUCUGUUAAUUGGAAAAGUAAAAAAAUAAACAAAAAGCAUCUCAAUGUCUGUUGGAUUUGACCAAG